AUGUCUCCGUUCGCCACUCUAACAGUGUUUACGGCUAACUUGGCUUUAGACGGUAUUCGAGGCCGACACUUUAUCCGCCUUUUACCGUCUUUCAAGGCCAACGUUGCACCUUUAUUUACACUCGAGCCCUCGACCCUUGCCCCUUGCCCAGUAUCGUUCAUAAGGCUAAUCUAUCUUCCUUCAUCAUCUCAGCGGGUUGACUGUAGCAUGCUCAGCAACCAUUACGAGAACCCAAGUCUUGAUGCCAUCGGCGAUCAAGGGCUGCAAUCUAUACAAGACUUCCCAUACAAAGUCAAGGCAGUGCGAACAGAAGCUUGGCUUGCACAAGUUUCCAAUUGA